AGAGAGACCUCACGUUGUUAUAAAAGGGACAAUCGACCUCUAUCUCCAGACAUCUAUCAACCAGUCUCACAUCAGUCACUCGAUUCUAAAUAACACUAACUCUUCGCAUCUCAACCCAACGACCUUCUACAUCAACCACAUACCACAACUCCAAUCACCAUCAAAAUGCAGUUCACUAGCUUCAUCGCCGCUGCUGCCGCCCUCGCCUUCGGCGCUAACGCCAACGCCAUUCCCCGUGACGGUGCCCGCCUGGGACAAUUCCGUGUUUUUGGAGCUGACGGCUGCUCGGACCUGAACUACGGCUUCUACCUCGUCGACCAAUCCGACGCCAACACCUGCCACCAAUUCACCAACCUUCCUUCUGGCCCCGGCGUCAAGUCCGUUGUCCUCGAGGCCAUGAACUCCCCCGCUGCCGACGGGUGCAACUUCUACAUCUACACCAACAACAUCUGCACUUCCGGCCGCCGCGCUCUGUCGGUCUCGGGCUGCAAUGACGUCCCCCCGCCCAACGCCAACUGGGCUUCGUGGCAGAUGGAAUGCCCUUCCAGCGCUGCCGGAAACUAGAGUGAUCACGGUUUCAAGGGCUGAGGUGAAGGGUCUAAUGGAUACGGAAUAGGGAGUGUGGGAUAUGGGCACGGUUACUUUUAGCAUUGAACGGAGCAGAUUCAGGCAUUCCUUUUUACUGGCGGGGAUAACCGACAUUAAAAUUUAGACAUUUUAGCAUUUUGCUUGCACAUUCCUUACAUACCUAUAGUUCUUGUAACUAGUAUAUAUACAUGAGUGCCCCCAUAUAUCGCUGGUAUUCGAGGAAGCGUGACUUUCAGCUCUGUUAGGAA